AAGACCGACGACCCCACCCAGGAAUGCAAGUCGAUGAUUGACCAGUACAAGGCCUGCAUGGCCGGUUAUGGAUUCAAGGUCUAGAACGUUUCCCCUGGGGCUGUUGUGCGGGGAGUGGCAUGUUUCUGGGGCGGGGAGAUUUCCGGGCUAUAGUACAUAGAAGGAGAAAGAGCGCAUGCAACAUUUCCUGGAGUUUGGGGUCUGGGAGGCUUUGCUUUCUCCGAGGGGUUCGCUUUGCUAUGGUCGUGUAUAUUAAUAGAUCUUUUUUCUCUGCUCGAAUGUUCGUCUUGUGGGCGGUCGUUUUAGCAUCAUCUCCCCUCAUGCAGUAUAUUUCUUGCGAUUGUAUUGGUGAUCAUGGUCUGUGAAGGCUGUAGUGUGUGCCUUGAAAGAGUAUCAAGUAAAAUCAAACCAUUGCUCUUUGUUUGGUGUACAUACAACUGGCA